CCUCGAUCUCUUGUGUGAACUGUCCGUCUUGCUUAGGUGAAAGACAAAUAUGGCUAAUAAUAGUAUCCAAGACCUGUCACCGAAGAAACAUCAUUGGACGUCUAAAGUUAGCAAUGAAGAAGAAGAGGAAGAAGAUGAUCUGAUAUCCAUAAAUCACGCCGCGGCCGCAGUCAUAGUAACCACAAACGAAGAAGAUACCCAUCAGCGAAAGAGCGGGAGAUCAAGGACGAAGCCAGAGGCGCGCAGGAAGCUACAAGCAGUGGCAGUUUCGAGGCUGAAAUCGAUGCUAACCAUGCUGGGCAGGAACAGAAGAAACAUAUUCUUCCUCCAUCACCACCACCACCACCACCAGGGUCUGGGGACAAGGCUAGUGGGGACGCUGUUCGGGUUCCGGAGCGGGCAUGUCCACCUGGCGCUCCAGAAGGAUCCCGUUUCCAGGCCGGUUUUCCUGGUGGAGCUGGCCACCCCGAUAGCCGGCCUGGUUCGGGAAAUGGCAUCCGGUCUUGUCCGGAUCGCGUUGGAGUGCGAUAAAGAAGAGAAGACGAUGAGGGGAGCGGGUGCGGGGAAGCCGCUUCUCGAGGAGCCGGUGUGGAGAACGUACUGCAACGGGAAGAAAUGCGGGUUCGCGGCGCGGAGGGAGACGGGGGAGAAAGAAUGGGAGGUUUUGAAGGCGGUGGAGCCCAUUUCAAUGGGGGCUGGCGUUUUACCUGCAAAUAACAGUGACAGUGAUGAUAAGGGGGGAGAAGGAGGAGGAGGGAGGGAGAUAAUGUAUAUGAGAGCUAAGUUUGAGAGAGUUGUUGGGUCUAGAGAUUCAGAGGCACUGUACAUGAUGAAUCCAGAUAGCCAUGGGGCUCCUGAGCUUAGUAUUUACUUGCUUAGAAUUUAAUUAUUCCAUGAACUAGCUAGCUAGCUUAAUUAGCUAGCAGCUGUAUCUUAUUAGCUUGUCAUUUCCUUUUCCAUGGCCGGCCUUGAAUUGAAUCGGUUGCUAUACAUAGAUAUAUACAUACAACAAGCUAAGCGAUUCAUCGAUCAGUCCUCUGCUGUAGUGCUGUACUAUAUAUUCCGACCUAUGUUGCACAGAAACACGGAUGUCAUCAGAAAACGAGAAAUAGGAAACUCAAAUUUUGCAAAAAAAAAAAAAACGCUUGUCGGGAGAGUUUCCAAAGAGUAAAAUGGAAACGUACUCUUUCCCGCGUUUUCGUGCUACAUAGAUUCCGACAUUAUAUCUGUACGUCAAAUUCAAUCAAUUCUUAACUUCCAAUUUGGCCAUUUUUCUACAUCCAUUGUGAAGGAGGAGAGUUCUAUCUCACCUACCUAUAUAUCAUCUUGCAUUGCAUUCUUGCCCAUUAUAUUAUUCAUUAAUUAUCAUCUAUAAUGUGUUAG